CGAAAUAAGUUUUAAAUUAUACGAAGUAUUUCAAAUUUAAAGGUGGCUUGACUGUUUGUUAUUUUAAAAAAAUUAGAAAAAAAGACUAAAAUAUGAGUAAUAUAUUGGAAAUAUACCAAAAUAGGGGUUCCAUGUUUUUAUUGUCGAAAUAAGAAUUAAAAUAUAUUUACAUUACCAAUCAUGACCAUGUACAUUACGUAAAAUGCACAUGCACAGUUUGAACUCCUAUUUAGAUACCUAAAUUGUUGAAGCGAAUGGUAAAAAACAAAGCAAGGGUAGAAGGAUCUAUUGCUAAUGCGUAUAUUGUGAGAGAAGCAUCUCAUUUUUGUUCGCAUUACUUUGAAGAUCAUGUUUACACUCGACUACACAGUGUACCGCGUAAUGAUGAAGGAGAUGUUCCUGCACCCAUCGAAAGCAACCUAAGCAUUUUCCAAAGCGCAGGACGCUUAAGCGGUAAGACGAAAAAGCGAAGGCUUUCUGAUGAUGAGUUAAAGGCGCUGCAUCAUUACCUUAUGCUAAAUAGUGUCGAUAUUGAACCAUUCAUUGAGAAAUAUGUCGAUUCAUUACGUGACUCAAAUCCUGACAUUACUGAUGAGGCUUUACUGUUGCAAAUGGAAGAAAGUUUUGCAUCAUGGCUUGGGAAAUUGUUGAUACACCGCAAGUUAUUCGUGAUGUAUCAAGGGGACCUCUACCCGUCGUCAGCACAUAUCCAAUUUGUUAUGUCAAUGGUUAUCGCUUUCACACUGAGACUCACGGUGCCAAACGUGCCACGUUUAACAGCGGUGUGUCUAUUGUUGGAGAGCAUUGUUCUUACUANCUGAAGUUCGAAAUGUAAGGUUGGG